GAAGCCGGAUCAUCCGGGCAACUCACUCUGAGUAUAAAUACCAAAGUCGGCCGUUAACACCAUUAUCUCCCGCCAGUUAACCAGUGUUAGAGUUCGGUGUCACUUUCCUUGCACUAUCACACUAUGCCUACUCUUGGAUACUGGGCUAUUCGCGGCUUGGCACAGCCUAUUCGCCUGCUGCUGAGUUAUGUAGACCAGGACUUUGAGGAUGUUCAAUACGAGCAGGGCGAUGCUCCUGACUACAGCCGGGAAACCUGGACCAGUGUGAAGCCCACCCUGGGACUGCCCUUCCCCAAUUUGCCCUACUAUGUGGAUGGUGAUAUUAAGCUCACUCAGAGUAAUGCCAUUCUCCGACACAUUGCCAGAACGCAUAAUUGCUUGGGAGAGACAGAGAAGGAGAAGGCUGAGGGCGAUAUGAUGCUUGAUCAAGCUAUGGACUUCAGAAAUGGAAUUGUUGGGCUUUGUUACAGCUCUGACUAUGAAAAGAAGAAGGCUGCCUACUUCGAUGCGCUACCAGCUAAGCUGGAGGUGUUCGAGAACUUCCUUGUUAACAGAGCCUUUUUCGCAGGCAGUAAGGUGACAGUGUGUGACUUUCCAAUGUAUGAACUCCUGGACCAGACGAGAAUUAUGAAGCCUGGAAGUCUUGACAAAUUCCCAAAACUGUUGGCCUUCUUGACCCGUUUCGAGGCACUUCCCAAAAUCAAGGCCUAUUUGAGCAGUGAUAAGUGCAUUAAGAGACCCAUCAACAACAAGAGUGCAUCAUUCAAGUGAACUACAGCAUCUUUAGUCUUGUAAUGUAUUGUUGUUACCAUGGAAACCCUGUUAAACCUGUAUCAGCACUGCUACCUGAGGGAGACAUUCACAUCGGCAAUUUUUGAGUUGACCAUCCCGUGAAUAUCAAAACACAUUUAAGAUACUAGGGAAGUUAAUGGGAAACAACAAUACUUCUAGAAGAUCUUUUCUUUGUGGUUGCAUUACUCAUUUUCUGAAGAUAUUGUUUUCCGACUGAAGACACGCAAGGGUACAUUGUUAUUAUGUUAAUCAGCAUGAUCAUUUUAAGAGUUCAUGUAUACUACAUAUAUUCAGAAAAACAUUUUCCCGGUGUUUCCUCUGUUGAUGAGAGACAUGAGUUUUAGAAGCACUGAGGAUGAGCUGUUUUGUGUUAAUUUGGCAACGAAAAUGAUGGGUUCCAUGUUGUUGGCUUAGUGUUCUGUGUGAUACUGUGGAGGUAAAACAUUGCAGCCAGUGGCAUGCAUCAGCUGUCCUCACAUUCCAUGGUUUCUGGCUUAGACUUCACAUGGAGUAUCUAGUGUCCAUUGUGAUCCAGGUUUGUUUACGAUUGUACCCAGGAUGUAAAUAGAGGGACAUAGUAAUCAGCCUCUCUAUGCUUCUCUGUUUUUCGCUGGACCACAUUUAUAAAACUGAUAGGUAUUCUUUCAGGUUGGCCACUAGUGUUUUUCUACUGGUAUUUAGGGACUUUUAGAAUUUCAACAUUGCGCCUUUCUAGUAUAAGUUUAACUUUGCCGCUGUUCAUUUUAGUGUUUUUCCUGACCAUAUUUCUAAAUGGUAUUCAUUUGUGAAACUUGGCACACACAGAGAUCAUGUUGUCAACUGGUGCAUGUUAUUUAUUGGUUUUUAGGGUGUUUAGUUUUGUCUGUUUUCAUUGCUACAAGUUUUACUUAGAUUUAGGGCUGGAGGGAUUUCUUGUCAUCUGAUGACUCUUGUUUUCUGAAUGUUACGUUUCGUUGUUUUAUACACCCUGUUGUAUACACCCUAGAGGAUGAAAGUUGAGUGCACACUGAUUCUGUGACACCGGUGAUGAUAAAAUCAGUUAUGGUUUAAGUACAUUUGUGCUGGUAUAAAUUGGAAAGUACACAAUACAAGUUCAUAAUACAAUAUUAUCAAAUUCCUUUUCCACAAAAAUGUAUGUUGACAUAAAUAAUGUUUCCCUAUUCAACCAAGGAUGCCUCCAACAUUUGUGAUCAUGCACACUUUUGCUUUAAAACUUACAAGUAAACAAAGAUGUACUUAGGUUUGUGUCCUACAUCUUAUGUUGCAUCCUGACUGCCAAUCAGUACGAGGUUACUGGUUACAAGUUUGUUUCCUGUUCAGCCAAUGCACAAAUGUCAUAUUUUGUUUGUUUUGUUAAAGUAAGUACUGAUUGCUUUUAAUAUUGGAAAUAAACAGAGAGAAGCUUUUGCUUUAAACCUGA